CAGGGUGUUUUGUGCAUUUUACAAGCAAAUAUCAGCUGUUAAAUCCCUUUCUACCUUAUAAUACCAUUAUAGGGAGAAUAAGAUCACUAUAGUUAAGAGAAAAUGUCAUGUAUAAAUAGAUAGCUGGGAACACAAAAUUCAGAUAAUUUUGACAUAAACAAUUGAACCGACCAUGCAAAAACCCAAAGAAAAUAACAAACAUUUUAAAUUCAACCAUUGGAAUCGUUAGUUUAUAUGGCGCUGUGGUGAGAUUGGCGAGUGAAGAGAUCCUUCCAUCCCUGGGAUGGGGAAUUGAUAAAGGCGCCAAUAAAGUUGACCGGAAAAAGCGAGCCAAAAACGCCUAUAAUUUUGGCUAUAAAAAGCACUGUGAAAACGACCAUUAGACGUGCCAAUAAAAGGAUAUAUCUUCAAAUAUAUAAAAUAAGCGACUUUGUUGUUUCUUGCAGAUGGCCACUAAAAGGCUGAUGCUCGAUGUAGAGCAGGAGGAGGAAGGAGGGGCAUGUGGCCUUGAAAAUGGGAAUUUAGAUUCAAAUGGAGUUGAAGUGGAAAACCAUGCCAAAAGGCGCAAGCCAGCAAUGCAGGAGACGCCCUUGCAAAGGAUGCUUAAACGGCACAUUCCCGACGGCGUCAUUCUUUCGCCCAUCACCGAAUUGUCUCAGAAUAUGCAGGGAACCCGCCUGGAUGGAACACCAAAGUCAACCCAGAGAAGUCAAUCUUCAAGAACCCUGAACACUUUCAAUAGCUUGUCCUCGCGAACCCUCAGUGGCUUCAGCAGCUCCUGCUCUAGUUACGAUUCGGGUAAUUCUCUGGAUGAUGAAUACAUGUCCAUGUUUGAGCUGGAAUCGGUUGAAGACCACAAUUUAGAAUUACCUGAUGACCUAGAAGUCCUUCUAAGCGGUCAGUUGAAAUCGGAAGAUAAUCCCGAAAGCGAAUCCUUCAACAAAACACGCUCAUUGCGUCGCUGCUUAAGCUUGUUUCCCAGUGAUCAACCGGAGGAUGACGAUCAUUCAGACCGAGACACCAACAUGCCUAUUAAAAAGCUCCAAAGAAAAACUCUCUCCAUGAACGAUGCUGAAAUCAUGAGCGCCCUGGGCGAUGAACCCCAGUUAAUAGGAGAUCUCAGCAAGCCCUGUGCACUGCCCUGCUUGGUCACUGGUAUAAGACAUCGUGAUUUGAAGACCAUAUCCUGUGAAACAUUGGCCAGACUGAUUCAAGGCGAGUAUGACCAGCAACUCGGCAGCCAAGGUGGUUACGAAAUCAUAGACUGUCGUUAUCCUUACGAAUUCUUGGGCGGCCAUAUACAAGGAGCUAAAAAUUUAUAUACUCGUGGGCAGAUACAGGAGGCAUUUCCAAAUCUGACGUCUAACCAAGAAGAACGUCGCAUCUAUGUGUUUCACUGCGAGUUCUCUUCUGAACGGGGUCCCAAGCUAUUGCGCUUCCUGCGCAGCAACGAUAGGAAUCAGCAUGCCAACAACUAUCCGGCAUUGGACUAUCCGGAGCUGUAUAUCCUACACAAUGGGUACAAGGAGUUCUACGGACAUUAUGCCCAUUUGUGUGAGCCCAAACAAUAUGUGCCCAUGCUGGCACCGGCGCACAAUGAUGAGUUUCGAUACUUUCGGGCCAAGACUAAGUCAUGGCAAUGUGGCGAAGGUGGAGACAGUGGAAUUGGGGGUGGAGGCUCAAGAGGCCUUCGUAAAUCGCGAUCCCGCUUGCUGUACGCCGAGUGAGGCCUAAAAGCUCCAGAUAUUAUCCACAAACGAAUCCUUUACCCACAGAACAAAAUUGAUUUAAGGACGCAAAUUUUUUAGUUUAUUUUUCGUUGCGUUGUUCAAAUGUUGUAAAAGCCCUUUUGAUUUAUUUAUAUUUUAUUCAUUUGUAAUGUUUAAUUCCAAUUCCUGAUUCUGAAUUUAAGUUAAGCGUUAUGUGAAAGCAAAACUCAAAGCCAAAACGGUGGGAACAGAAUAUGGAUAAAUGUUCUCUAGUCAGUGAUAGGUUACACUUCGAAAUUUAUUAUAGUUUACUUUAUGUGUUUGGCAUUUAACAGUUAAGUUUAAAAAGUUAUUCGUGUUUAAUUACUGUUUUAAUAAACCAAAUCGAUUUAAAUAUGUAAAGAA